AGGAGCGGUGGCGGUCAGGGACGGCUAAAGGAGGUAUGUGGCCAAUCACAGAGAGAAGGGCGGGAGAUUGGCGUUCUGACUGUCCAAUCAGAGCGCGGCGCGGAGGGAGAGGCGGCGGAAGGGGACGGCGGCGCGCUAAGAUGGCAGCGGCGUGAGGCCCCGCCGGUCGCGGUGCUGCGAGCCCGUAAGAUGCCGCUCCGCGCUCUGCUGAGGGCCGCGGCCUCGCUGCGCGGCUGCGCUGCCGGGGCGCUGCCGCCCGCCGUCGCGCCCGGGAGGUGGCCGGUGCCCCUCUGCCCGCAGCAGGCCGGCGGUAUGGCCACCCUCAACCAGAUGCACCGGCAGGGCCGGCCCAAGCCGCCGCCGCCCAAGCUGGGGGCCACCUUCGGCCGCCCCCAGAUCAAGGGGGUGGUGAUCAAGAACCUGAUCCGGAAGCCUAAAAAGCCCAACUCGGCCAACCGCAAAUGCGCGCGGGUGCGGCUGAGCAACGGGAAGGAGGUGGUGUGCUUCAUCCCCGGCGAGGGCCACAGCCUGCAGGAGCACCACGUCGUGCUGGUGCAGGGCGGCCGCACGCAGGACCUGCCGGGGGUGAAGCUCACCAUCGUGCGGGGCAAGUACGACUGCACCCACGUCCAGAAGAAGAAGUGAGGGGAGGGAGCGGGGACGGGCCCCUCUGCGUUGCGGGGAGCGUCUGUGCCGUUAGUGCAACCAUUAAAGGCUGUUGCUGUGCGGGAA